CCCUUCUCUAACAACUUACAAAAUCACCAACACCCUUAGCUUCUCCUUUCAUUCAGUCACCUUACAAACCAUGAAGCCUCAUCACAGAGAAGAAUAUGCAGAAGACAACGAAGAUGAAGGCGACACAGAAUUCAGUUUCUGGAACCCAUCAAAUACCAUGUCCUCUUUCAUGAGCGAUAGCAAAAACAUGAUGAAAGUUGUUGAGUGCUCUCCAUUUCUUCCUCGCAGCCGGCGUUGUAGCCACAUCAUGGACCCUUUAAAGAUCAAAGCUAUUGAAGAAGGAAGGAAGGAGCUUAUGGAGAUGGUUCAAGGCAUGCCGGAUUCUAGCUUCGAACUCUCGUUCCAGGACAUGGUUGUGCAUGAUAAGCAGGUGUUGCAAUCACAGCCGUAUCAAGAUGAAGAGAAUAAACACAAGCAAGUUCGCAGUAGUAGUAGCAGCAGCAGCAAUAGCAGUGGUAAAGCCCAAGCAAAGAAGCCGAAAAAAGCGAAGAAAAGCGAAAGCAUUAAUAGGCCAAAGCAGAUGAUGAGGGUUGAGAGCAUGGACAGUGCUUCCUUCCUCCUUAAGCUCUUCCUUCCAAUUUCUCUUAAGAAGCCCAAAGUUCAGAAUGGCUCCAAGAAUUGGAGUGUUAAAAGUAGUAGCAGCAGCAGUGGUGGAUCCCGAGACAAAAGCAGGUAUUUUGAUCGCAACUUAUCAUUCUCACAAGGUUGCUUGCCAUUCGGUCAUUAUAUUAAAGGCAUAAAAAAGAAAGUGGGAGGAUGAAUCACAAACCAUAGAACAUUUGAAAGGAGGAAGAUUCAGGAGAUGGAGAAUUACAUAGGGAGACACUAGAAGUUAUUUAUACAUAAGUAUUUUUUUUUUAUCUAAAAAGUAAAAGAGAUCAUUAUUUUCAAAGUAAGUAUUGAUUUAAUAGAUUUUGAAAUUUAGUUGUAAAUAGUAUCUACUGAUUAAGAAAGCAAAUAGAUAAGAUAUUUAUUAUCGUAAAUAGGGGUGGCAAGCGAGGAAGUCCACCCCACCUCGUCCUGCAAAAAAUUCGUCCUAUUUUACUUACUGAAGCUGUCCUAAAAUCUUAUUCCGCCCUACUUAAUUGCC